AUGACAAGGAACCAGAAACGGCUGAAGGACGACCAGCACUGCGGCGGCGCAGAGCGCCUCGCUGGGAGGAGGCGGCCGGAGAAACGAAGGCUAGGGUUUUUCUUUGACAAAUUAGGCGUAAAACCUCACAAUUGGAAAGUAAGCGAGAUAAUUUGUGGGCCUGUCAUGGGAAUUUUCUCUGACACUGAAAAAAAUGGUUGUGGAACUCGCGAAAAUUCUUCUGAUUGUAGUUUGAGGAAUCUUGUGAGGAGAAAACAGGUUGAUUCUAAGCACACCAGAUCAUCCUCUUCCUCUGGAAAUGUCCAACACCAGCUAGCCAAGGCUUUGACCGCACCUCAUCUCAUUGCAAUAGGAGUUGGUGCAACUAUUGGUUCUGGGGUUUAUAUUCUGGUUGGUACAGUUGCUAGAGAGCAUUCAGGGCCAGGUCUGACCCUUUCUUUUCUAAUAGCUGGAAUAGCAGCUGGCCUAUCUGCAUUUUGCUAUGCUGAGCUAGCAAGUCGUUGCCCUUCGGCUGGGAGUGCAUAUCAUUAUUCUUACAUUUGCAUUGGAGAAGUCUUUGCUUGGUUGAUUGGUUGGGCAUUGAUGUUGGAAUACACUAUAGGAGCUUCGGCAGUUGCUCGUGGAAUAUCCCCAAAUCUGGCCUUGCUUUUUGGAAGUCCAGAUAGUCUCCCUUCUUUUCUUGCACGACAAACCAUACCUGGGUUCAACAUUGUGGUUGACCCAUGUGCAGCCAUCUUAGUUAUUGUGGUCACUGGACUUUUGUGUCUAGGAAUUAAGGAGAGUGCGCUUGUUCAAGGAGUUGUUACCUCUGUCAAUACAUGUGCCUUAAUCUUUAUCAUUGUGGUUGGCGGAUACUUGGGUUUCAAGACUGGAUGGUGUGGCUAUGGACUUCCUACUGGAUAUUUUCCUUUUGGAGCUCAAGGGAUGCUUGCUGGUGCUUCUACUGUUUUUUUCGCGUACACAGGAUUUGAUUCAGUCACUAGUACAGCAGAAGAGACUGUUGAGAUGAAGCCCAAAUUUAGUUUUCCAGUUGUUAAGGUUCUUAUUUCAACUUUUGUUCUAUUAUUUCAACUGUUGAGGGAACUGCUGAUCAUUGUGUGCCUCAUUCGUGUUAUCCUUAAACAUAACGUGGUGAGUGGAAGCUUGAUAAAUGACGUUCUCUAUUAUCAGGUGAAAAACCCUGAAAAAGAUCUGCCAAUGGGUAUUGGGAUUGCACUUUCUAUAUGCUGCACGCUGUACAUGUUGGUUUCUGCAGUUAUAGUCGGCUUGGUUCCGUAUUAUUCAAUGGAUCCAGACACUCCCAUCUCUUCUGCCUUUUCCAGUCAUGGCAUUAGAUGGGCAGCGUAUGUGAUAACUAUUGGAUCUUGUACUGCUCUUUGUUCAUCGUUGAUGGGGUCUCUCCUUCCCCAGUCUCGAAUUCAAAUGGCAAUGGCUAGAGACGGCUUGCUGCCAUCAUUAUUUUCAGAUGUCAAUAAAAGCACUCAAGUUCCAGUAAAAAGCACAGUUGUGACCGGACUGGUAGCCACAAUAUUAGCAUUCUUCAUGGACGUGGAACAAUUGUCAGGAAUGGUUAGUUUGGGGACACUUGUUGCAUACACAGUGGUGGCAAUAUCGGUGUUGAUACUGAGAUAUGUUCCACCGAAUAAAGUUCCGGUUCCAUCUUCUUUUCAGGAAGCAAUAAACUCAGUUUCCUUGAGGCAUGCUGGCAGCUAUAGCUGUGAAGAUAUUCUUAAUGAGAAUACAAAAGUCUAUGCUAUAACCACAGAGAAAAGUCCACUUCUGGUCCGGAGAGAAGCAACCGUGAAAUAUCGUUUGAUAAAUGGCGCGUACGAUUUUUUCGUAAACAAAAAGAACAGGCGGAAAAUUGCUGGCUGGGCAAUAAUGGUUACUUGUGUUGGGGUGAUUGUCCUAACGUCUGCUACUUCAAGUUCGACCCUCUGUAGCACUCUUCGGUACACACUUUGUGGAUUUGGUAUUGCUCUCCUCUUUUGUGGUUUGAUAUUGCUUACUUGUAUAGAGCAAGACGAUGCACGCCAUGAUUUCGGCCACAGAGGAGGGUUCAUGUGCCCGUUUGUUCCUUUGCUACCUGUGGCUUGUAUCCUCAUCAAUGUCUACUUGUUAGUUAAUCUCAGUGGUGGCACUUGGGCCCGAGUUACGAUAUGGUGGGCCCUAGCACUGGUUGUGUACUUUCUGUAUGGCCGCAAGCACAGUGUGUUGAGGCAUGCUGUUUACGUGCCCUCUUCUCAUGUCGAUGAAAUCUACCAAACGUCCACAAACUCCAUCUCCGAAUCUGCUGCUUCCAUUGACGAUGAAAAAUUAUAAUUUAUUUCUCUUACAGAAACCUCAACUGCGGCUUGAGUUUCUCUUCAUGAUGGCUUUAUGUCUGCGCCUGGAGACACAAGUGUUAUCAUCAAACCAUUGAGAUCUUGAAAACUCCAGUUUUGUCCUACCGCUGUUUUGUUUUUAUAGCCCUCUUGCAAUGUAGAACAUAUUCUUGUUGUAUAAAGCUCAAAGCUGAGUCAUAGGUGGGUGUACAAAUAAAAUGGUCGAAAAGUUUCUCUGCUUAUGUAUUGUAGUUUACACUUACAACUUACAAGAACUAUGUAAAAUUUGCCAGACAUUUGUAUGAAGUUGUAAAUCUUGUCUGAAAUUGUGAAGUCCUUACAUAGAUGCAUUUGUAUAAUUAACUUGCGAACAUGUGUCAAAAUUAUGGCAUGAUUGGUAUGAGUGAAGGACAUGAGAUUAGAAUGAUCAUUCUCUUACUCAUUCUUUAUCUCAUGAUUGGUAUAUUUUUUUAAAAUGAAUGACUAUUCAAAUGGGAAUAGCGAAACUCAUCUUCAAGGGAUUAACCAUUCAAUAGUUAAUGC